AUGGUAAAUUGUAAAGAGAAUAACAAACCUUUGCUUAUAGCUAGAACUACAACUGUGAAUGCUCUUGAGAUGGAUUCAGGAGAGAGGCGUCUCAAUGAGCUUGGUUACAAGCAAGAACUCAGAAGAGAAAUGUCUCUGUUGAAGAUAUUUGGGAUUACAUUCUCAACCAUGGCAGUUUUCAUAGGGACACCUCUGUAUGGUGCAAGUAUUCUUUAUGCAGGGCCUGGUAGUAUGAUAUGGGGAUGGGUGGUGGUUACAUUCUUCACCUGGUUCAUUGGGAUUGCCAUGGCUGAGAUCUGUUCUUCUUUCCCAACAGCAGGUUCACUUUACUUCUGGUCUGCUCAAUUGGCUGGUCCCAUCUGGGGUCCAUUUGCAUCUUGGUGCUGUGCCUGGCUGGAAAUUAUUGGCCUUAUUUCUGGGAUUGGCGCACAGGCCUAUCCAGGGUCACAGGUAUUGCAAAUCAUCAUUCUACUAUGUACUGGUACAAAUAAGGGUGGUGGAUACUUUGCUCCUCCCUGGGUGUUCUUAUGCAUAUACAUAGUUCAUAUCAUCAUAUGGGCAGUACUCAACAUAUUUGCAUUAAAAGUUAUAGCCUUUCUUGACAUAAUCUCAAUAUGGUGGCAGGUAAUUGGUUGUCUGGUUGUAACAAUAAUGCUCCCCGUGGUGGCACCUCAGACUCAAUCUGCUUCUUAUGUGUUUACUCAUUUUGAGACAUCUCCAGAGUUGAGUGGGAUAAGUAGCACACCCUACGCUGUGAUUCUAUCACUACUUCUCACUCAAUACAGUUUGUUGGGUUAUGACACUGCUGCACAUCUAACAGAGGAAACAAAGGGUGCAGAUAUAACUGGCCCUCUUGCAAUUCUCUCAAGCAUAGGAGUUGUCACAUUUUUUGGAGCUGGUUACUACUUGGCUCUUACUUUCAGCAUUCAGGAUCUGAACUACCUAUACGACCCGACCAAUGAGACAGCUGGGGCACUUAUACCAGCACAAAUAUUCUAUGAUGUAUUUCAGGGAAGGUUCCAGAACCCUGGAGGAGCUAUAGCUUUCCUCAUCAUCAUAUGGGGAUCAUUUUUCUUUUGUGGCCUUUCAAUAACCACUAGUGCAGCAAGAGUAGUGUAUGCUUUGUCAAGGGAUGCAGGAAUUCCCUUUUCCUCAAUAUGGAGACAAGUGCACCCAAAGCACAAAGUGCCAAAGAAUGCAGUUUGGUUAUGUGCAGCCAUUGCCAUUGUUAUGGGACUACCCAUUUUGAAGGUUAAUGUUGUCUUCACUGCUAUCAUUUCUAUAUGUUCAGUAGGGUGGUUUGGCAGCUAUGCAGUACCAAUUUUUGCAAGGUUGGUAAUGGAUGAGAAGAAUUUCCAACCUGGACCUUUUUAUUUGGGAAGAAGUAGAAGGCCAAUUUGCCUAGUGGCCUUCCUGUGGAUAUGUUAUACUUGUGCUGCUUUUGUUUUGCCAACUUACUAUCCCAUCAAGUGGGAUAAUUUCAACUAUGCACCCAUUGCUCUGGGUAUAGUUCUGACAUUAAUAAUGUUGUGGUGGGUAUUAGAUGCAAGGAAAUGGUUCAAAGGACCAGUCAGGAACAUCAAUCUUGAGACUUAA